CAUGUACAUUGUAUGUAAAUAUUUGCCCUCUUUUGGACUAUGGACUCUAACGAUUAACGUAAAAUUCAGCAACAAUUAUGAUCGUCUGUCGUGAUAAUAUUUGCGCGUUCUGAAUGAAGGCGUUUAUUCGAUUUACCUGACCUGUAAUCGAGUCUGGGGUUGAAUUUCGAACGAAAUGCUUUAUUAAUGCUGCCAGGACCGGUGAAAUUCAAUCUUUAUCCGACUGCAGUGGACCACGUGCCAGGCUUAAUGUCGAGGUGAAGUGAUUUCCAAUGAAGGGUCUCUUCGAGAGUAAUCAUGAGGAUGUCUCCAAAAGUUAUACGAUGGCAAGGGAUGAACCACGAUCACGAAUCAUUACCUCAUUUCGUAUCUGACAUAUGACCUAAUGUCCACUCUUCAGAUGUUAGGAAAGGACGAGAAUUGAAUGAGUAGUUGAUUCGUCAAUGCCUUGUAAUGGGAAGAAUAAAGUAUAUAGGAUAUAGGCUCCAUAAUCCCUCAGAAGUAACAAGGAUACUGACACAAACUUCUCCAGUAACAAGUUGUCUUCUUUUGUGUUUCAGAACCACAAAAAUUGAAAUAAUUGUUUGGUUUCGUAUUUCAUGGAUCAUAUUUAUUCCGUUUCUUUUUUGUGCCUAUGAUGAGCAAAGGAGCAAAAAUGAUGCACGAUCUUAGAUGAAUAACCCUGGAGGUAUACGGAACACUUUCAAAGAAAUACAACAAGGAAUAUAACUUUGAAUCACAUCGUCUUUCAUGCGUUAGCCAUUCGUCCACACAGCCUUUUUACCGACUAUUCAUCGAGCAAGAAUCUUUCAUUUAAUAUCGGAAUUAUCUUUUAUGCAGGAAAUUAUUUCGAUCCACAAAUUUCUCUAUCAAGCAUGCACUCUGUACUGAAGGAAAAGGCAAUACUAAACGAAGGCUCAGAAGAUGAAUUGGAGUGCUAUGGAUACAGACGGAGUAUCCCAAAGACCGUCCUCUGCUGUAUUGUUGGCAUAUUGACAUGUGGUCUCCUCUUAAUCUUCUUAAGAUGGAAACCAAACUGGAAGGUGAACGCCCUCUACGUCCGGUGCAAUCUGAACGAUGCAGAAUGCAUACUCAUAAGGGAUUAUUACAAGAGAUGGCACACUACUUUGGUGAAGACGGAGGAGGUAGAAAUACCAAGCGAGAAGGACAGACAUGCAGAAUUUACAAGCGGCAUCAAUGGAGGUCCGGGUCAUAUGAUGCCGACCAUGGACACAAUACGAUACUUCAUGUUUCAAAAGAUGAAAUACCUCUGGGACUUUAACAGGAAUACUUUUCACAAGCUGAGAGGCUUGGAUUAUAAUGUCCCACUUAGAGAUUUUCAUACAAAGUACGUGGGGCUUGACGCAAAAGAGCAAUCGAGAAGGCGGGAUAUGUAUGGCUGGAAUGUAAUACAAAUCGGACUUAGAAGUAUUCCAGUCCUGUUUUUCGAAGAGGCUCUCAAUCCAUUCUACGUGUUCCAAGUAUACAGUGUAUGUUUAUGGAUAUUUGGCUAUGCAUACAUCUACUUCUCUGUGGCAAUUAUUUUCAUGUCUUUGAUCUCCAUUACCCUCACGGUGUACAGUACACGACAGCAAAGCAAAGCACUUCGAGCGAUGGUGGCAUCCAGCUCUUACGUAACAGUGUGUCGAGGAGGUGAUGUAUACCGUGAGAUGGACGAGAAAGAUCUUGUUCCCGGAGAUCUGAUUGAGCUGCCUCGUCAGGGAUGUUUCAUGAGUUGUGACGCCGUCCUCAUCAGCGGAAAUUGCAUAGUCAAUGAGAGCAUGUUGACCGGUGAGUCGACGCCCAUCACCAAGACACCACUACCAAAUAAAGCACCCGAGGAUGAUGCUGCUCCUGAGUUCUACGACACGGAGAAACACAAGAGACAUACAUUAUUUUGUGGAACACACAUCAUGCAGAGCAGACGGAUCGGAAAGAAGAAAGUCAUGGCCGUCGUAGUCAAUACAGGGUUCUCGACUGCAAAGGGUGCAUUGGUACAUUCUAUCCUCUAUCCAAAACCAAUGAAUCUCAAACUCCAUCGAGAUGCUAUUCGCUUUGUAGCUGUACUAGCCUGCUUUGCAUUCGUCGGGGCCAUCUACAUCAUCACCAUCAAGAUCAUCAAUGGGGCAGAUACAAAGGAUAUAAUCUUGAAGGCUAUGGAUAUCUUUACCGUCGCCGUAUCACCUGCCCUUCCAGCAGCACUAACCAUCGGCUUGGUGUACGCCCAGAAACGGCUCAAAGACUUGGGUAUCUUCUGCAUCAGUCCACAGAGGAUCAACCUUGGCGGAAUGAUGGACGUCGUCUGUUUCGAUAAGACUGGUACUCUUACGCAGGAUCAUCUCGAGUUGUUAGCUGUUUCACCAGUCAAAACUGACAGUUUUGUGAUAGUAGAAGAUGCGAGUAAGAUGCCAUUUGGACCAUUCGUUGCUGGUAUGGCUACGUGUCAUUCGUUGACUGUCAUUGAAGAUCAAAUUAGGGGUGAUCCACUGGACGUUCAGAUGUUUCAAGCUAUCAAAUGGAGCAUCCGUGAGCCUCUGGAUGUAGAACCUGUCUUUGGUUUCAACCAUUUCAUGCCAACCAUUGUUCGCUCUCCGUCCUUUGGAUCUGACACUCCUGUCGAGGAGAUGGGUCGCUCUUCGACCUUUGACAGCGGUGCAGGAACGCCAGUAACCAACAAUAAAGAUGCCCUUGGUAGAUCAUCAACCUUCGGGAGUCAGCCAGGACCUGGUUCUAAUACACCGAACGAUGAGGUGAAUCCUUACGAGAUCGGCAUCAUUCGUCAAUUUCCAUUUUCCUCUAACCUUCAGAGGAUGAGUGUGAUAACACAGACCAAAGACACCAAACAUAUGGAGGUGUAUGUCAAAGGUGCUCCAGAGACAAUCGCUAGGCUCUGCGACCAAAGUACAGUUCCUUUGGAGUUCCAUGAAAUCUUAAAGGAACACACUCAGAAUGGUCUUCGUGUGUUAGCCAUGGCCUGGAAGCCACUGCACGCUUCAUUCAGUUACGAAAAUGCUGAGAAAAUUGACAGAGAAGAGGUGGAACAGGAUCUUCAAAUGUUGGGGCUGUUGAUCUUACAGAACACAAUCAAACCAGAAACAAACGCAGUUAUCGCUCAGCUCAGAGACGCCAGGAUCAGAACAGUCAUGGUUACGGGCGACAACAAACUGACAGCUAUCCAUGUUGCACGUGCUUGUGGAAUGAUUGGCCAAUCGCAGCAGGUAGUUGAAGUAGAAGCCACACCACCUGAAGGUGACCAAGGACCACUCAUCUCCUGGAAACCUGUUCAGAAACCAGGGGAUAACAGCAAAACAUCUACACCAAUGCACCAUAAGAUGAAUGGACAGGUCGAAGAAGACGACGUCGCCCUGACAAUCGAGGAAGGAGAAGAGAUCAGCAACGAGGUCCUCAGCAGUACCUACCAUCUAGCUCUUGAUGGCAAGACAUUUGCUGUACUCAUGGAACAUGUGCCUCACCUAGUUCCAAAGAUUGCUGCUAAAGGAACAGUAUUCGCCAGAAUGUCUCCUGAUCAGAAAGCCCAACUUGUAGAGGCUUUACAAGCUUUGGAGUACUACGUUGGUAUGUGCGGGGACGGCGCCAACGAUUGUGGGGCACUGAAAACAGCUCACGCCGGGGUGUCACUCUCCGAGGCCGAAGCUUCAGUUGCGUCACCUUUCACCUCAUCGGAACAGAAUAUCAAAUGUAUCCCCACGUUAAUCAAGGAGGGACGAGCAGCACUGGUGACGUCAUUCGGUGUGUUCAAGUAUAUGGCUCUGUAUAGUAUGAUCCAAUUCGCUACUAUCAUCAUACUCAAUACGAUUGAAUUAUUUCCAAGUGAUGGCAUGUUCAUGUAUUGGGAUAUCGCUAUUACUGCGGUCGUUGCUAUCUUAAUUGCCAGAAACAAAGCCUAUACCAAGAUUUCAACCAGGAAACCUUUGAACAGUCUUACCGAUCCUGCCAUGCUUUUCUCCAUCUUCAUCCACAUAUUCCUCCAAUUCAUGGUGCAAAUCAUCGCUUACUUCGUCCUUAAGCAACAACCAUGGUUUGUGCCCUACAGGAAGAGCGAAGACGCUGGGUUAGUUUAUACACUCGCUUAUGAAUCAACAACGUUAUUCUUCGUUUCCAACUUUCAAUACCUGAUUGUAGCUUUCAUCUUUUCUAAAGGACCUCCAUUUAGAAGACCAAUUUACACCAACUAUCUGUUCUCUGGGAGUCUGAUCAUAAUAUGUGGAUUCUCACUCUUCCUCGUCCUGUGUCCAAUUGAUAAAAUUUAUCAGUACUUCCAUUUAAAGACAGUAGAUUGGCUGUUCCGUUGCAUCAUCAUUGCACUGGUGUUGGCUCAUUUCUUAGCAGCUGUUCUCAUUGAGAAUUUCUUGGCGGAUACGCGCUUCAUUCAGAAUUACGCGACCUGCCGGAAAUGGCGCAAAGGCAAGAAAGUCGUAAAGCACGAGAUCUUGAUCGAGCAGUUGAACUCCGACCCAACAUGGCCGCCAAUCAACUCCACAACCAGUGCUAACAGAAUUAACGGACAUUCAGCCAAGGAAACGGACGUCUGAAAAAAUAAAGCAAAUAAUGUGUGUAAAAAAUGUUAGGUCUUUUUACAGAUUUACCAGUGCUACGCAAUCUAGACCGCGGCAAAUUUGUUGACAAUCAGACCAAUCGACAUGUUUCCUUUCAUUUUGGUUUGGAAAAUAAUUUAAAAGUGGAUGUCUCAAUAGUAUGGAACAAAUGUAUGCGCUUGGUAAGGGUAGACUAACUCCUAUCUCGGUUAAAUACUUAAAUUUCAAGCCUUUAUAGUUACUACAGUGUGUGUGGUUAAGUCAAGAUUGUGACAGAGUUUAGCUCAUGGCACAAAUAACAAGUUACUUCAUCAUAAAGUUUGGAUAACCAUUUGGAUGCUUGAUGAUUAUCAAGUGAUAGUUGAAAUUCACACACGAGCACGCGCGUGCGCGAGCACACACACACACACAACAGUUUAUGAGAUGAACCAAUCACUUGUUUAUCCAUGGCAAGAUGCUUGAUACCGUGUGUGGAUAAGCAUAGGUAAUGCCCUAAAACUGACUUUUCUUUUGAAAGAGAAUGUAUAGAGUUAUGCGGAAUGUGACAUGGGAUAUUUUGAGUAAAAAUGGUUGGUUAAGUUUUAACCCUGUAUCAGAAAAUAAUUAGUACCUUCUUGGAGGUUAUGAUUAUAAUAUAAUACAUUUAUGUGUUAGACACCAUAUAGUGUUGAGUAUCAUAUACCGUAUUAAAAGCAUUAGUAUUGCACAUUUAAUUAGUAAGUGACUCUAAUUUGAGUAUAAUACUAGUAAAUAUAACCUAGUAUAACAUGUGCAUUACAAAAAUAGUUUAACCAUUGUGUAGACGUUGUACGUAAAUGCAUUUUCAAAUUGUUUUUAAUUGAAUUAAUUUUCAAUAUUGAAUAUCUAGAGCAAUAAUCGUGUGAUACUUGGCCCUUAGUAUCCUCAACGAGUAUUAAUGCAAUACUGAUUUUUGGUAUUUUAUUUAGUCGUGUGAAUGAGAGGUGAAAAUAUUUCCCAACGUAUAUGCUCUUCAUCCAAGAUAAUAGUUCACAAAACAGCGCAGAUGAUCGGAACAGGAAGAAUGGAUGUUGAUUUGUUUGAUUAGAUAAUGGUUGAUAUUGUUGAGGGAUAUCGCGAUCACUAUAAAUUCCACCCCUUCCUUCUAUUUUUUUCACAUUAUUUUCCUUCAUCUCGUUCUACUCACAUCCCUCACCCUCCUCGUCACCAUCAUUUUUAGUUUAUCCGCUGCAGUGUGGAUCAUCGCAAUUACUUGGAAGCGAUAAUCUUGAUAACAUUAUGUAGCUUCACACGUUCAGUGUUGUUUCAUCAUAGAGUAAUGAUAGCAUGUGUAUCAAUUCAACUAUUCUGAAUAUCAUUCAAAACACGAGUUCUUUGAAUUUGAAAUAGUAAAGUUAUAAAGUUAACUCUCGUCUACAUUUAUCAUCUAAAUCAUAUAUGUAAAUACAUACAAUGUCGACGUUCUUUCUCAUGUUCUUAUCUUAUUAUUUGAUCUUUAUGAUACAGUCUCUCCAUGUAUAUAAUAAUCUACAGACCUAUUCAUUGUGUUGUGUCUAGGUACUUCGUUCAUGUCUGUAGGCAUUACAUACAUGUAAAGCACGGUCCGAGGGGCAUAGUUCGGAAAGAUGGGUCGUAUGGCGGACUGUGCAGUACUACAUUUAAGUUUUUUGGAGAAACACGAACGCCUAUACAUCGUCAAAUUGUAUCAAUUAAUUACAGACUCCUGUUUAAGUUGGCCACAAGGUAUUUAAUAAUAAUAAUAAUAUAGGGUAUUUAUAUUGCGCACAUAUCCACCUUGUUAGGUGCUCAAGGCGCUCCUAU